AUGAGAUCUUUGGUCGAAUCGACAACACGAUGGCAAGAGACACUUAAGUAUAGUACCAGCCUCACGGAUUUGCAGCGAGCCGUCAAGGAUAACGGCCCAGAAAGCCCCUGCAUUUCGGGAUUGAGAUCCAUUUGUUGGAAGGCCUUCUUGCUAAGCCAGAGCACCGACACUACAGCUUGGUCGAAUGCUGUAUUAGAGUCGCGAGGAACAUAUGCUUCUCUAAGAGACCACUACUUGAAAUACAUUAAAAAUCCCGAAAAUCUCACUGCUGCAUCCUCCGAUCCCUUGGCAGACGACGCCAAUUCUCCUUGGAAUACCUUCCGCCAUGAUGAAGCUCUUAGGUCCGAAAUCCUUCAGGAUGUUCAACGUCUACCAGACGAGCCAUUCUACCACCAGACUCAUAUACAGAUGCUCAUUCUAGAUGUCCUUUUCAUAUACUGCAAACUCAACCCGGUAAUAAGCGGAUAUCGUCAGGGCAUGCAUGAGCUUCUAGCCCCUAUUGUCUAUGUCAUAGAGCAAGAUGCCGUCGAACCAACUGAUGCCACCUCGGAUCCCUCUGCAGACCCUAGAAUGCUAGAAAUUUUAGAUGCCGCAUUUAUUGAACACGACGCGUUCGCCAUUUUCUCUAGGGUCAUGGAUCAAGCAAGGUCUUUCUACGAAGUAGGCGAGCCUUUAGCAAAUUCUUCUCCCGCAAUGUCUGACCAACGCUCUCCAACGUCCUCUAUCGUCGAGAAAAGCCAGUACAUACAUGAAGUUUGUUUAUAUAAAGUAGACCCGGAACUCUCAACUCAUCUCAAAAAUAUUGAAAUUCUACCACAGGUUUUCUUAAUCCGAUGGAUUCGUCUUCUAUUUAGUCGCGAAUUUCCGUUUGAUCAGAUGCUCGUACUUUGGGAUACCCUGUUUUCGGUAGAUCCUUCGUUUAAACUGAUAGAUAUGGUUUGUACGGCAAUGCUGAUUAGAAUUCGGUGGGAUCUCCUUAACGCCGAUUACACUGUGGCGUUGCAACUGUUGCUCAGGUAUCCGCCUCCGCAGAUGAGCCACGGUCCACAUACAUUUGUCGACGACGCAGUUUAUCUAAAAGAUCAUUUGGAUCCAGUUGGAGGCUCCACGCUAAUAGCGAAGUAUACCGGAAAGCCGCCUUCACUACCGGGAACUGAUUCAGGGGCAUCAACCCCCAAGAGCUCCGCCUCAAACAUAAGGCGAAAAUUGGCCGGUGCUAGGUCGCCACUCUCUCCCUCGCGCUUCAAGCCACCGCAGGCUAGCAUGGAAGCGAUAUUUCAAGGUGCGGCUAAGAACGUCCUUGAACGAGGAGAGAAGCUUGGUAUCAACCAAGCGGUACGUGACGCUAUGGUGGAGAUACGCCGCAGUGUUCAAGAAGCUAAGGGCUCCAUGAAGGCCAGUCGGGAGCUCUUCACCGAGCCGGGGCCUAGCAACACGACGGUACGUGCCGUGGCGAUGUUGGAUCGGAGGAAUCGGCGACUAGCCGCUUUGUUGGAUGAACCAAUUUCCUCUCUAAAGAACCUCGCAAGUUCUGAUUUAGAAGACAAGCGGAGUGUUCAAGAUGCUCUUGCGAUCGCCGCCGCAAGGAUACAGUUUAUCAAGAUCUAUCUGGAAGAUUCCACCAUAGCUCUUCCAGACGAAGAAGAACCCGCAUCGUCAAUAUCUCCGGGAACGCCGUCCGGCGGCGACGUUAAUGCCGACCCAGAACCGCCCCUAAGUGACGCCGUCGCUGCGAUGACCCUUAAUCCACCACCCACGUCGGCAACUGACGUGAAUUCCCUAUCGGCUAAUUCACCUAUACCAGACCCGGAUAAGAUGGACACGGAUGAUCCCUUAGACUUUGGAACAUCGACAACGCCAGCAGAAAAGAAGCUAGAGCGACCGCAAGCGCCUAUCCCGACGCGGUCGACUCUCGCGCAAUCUUCCUUCUCGUGGAUGCUGGAGCCCGACAGCUCGUCCUCGUCGCAGAAAGCGCCUAUCUUCCCGUCGAAGUCGAAUAACUCGCAUCGCAAGAGGCCGUCCGCGAACGCUAGCCACGAGCGCACCGCGUUCCUGUUCGGGGAAGUAUCCGCUGACGAGAGCGGCCAGGCCGUACUGCCCGAAAAUAUAUUCGACUUGGAGGAGAUGCGGAACUCGAAAACGUGA